GUAGUAAGAAAUGAAUCAGGAGUCGCGCUUUUUAAAAGACACAGAAGAUUUUAGAGACUUCUCAGGAGACAUAUUGAGGGGAGGGUUGGGUGGAGAUUGAGAUGGAGAAGGAGCCAGGUAGAGACUCUCUCCCCCCUCUCUCUCUCCCGGUGUGUGUGAGCGGUCAUUCCUCUCUCUUCGCCCCCCACACACACUGCCUGAUGUCGGGCAGCAGCAAGGUCGGUUUCUGCCUCAGCGACAAGAAGCGCCGGAGGAUCAACCUGCAGGCUUUUGCAGACUUCUGUGCGGGCCAUGGAGUGGAAGUGGUGGAGAUCGACCUCACUCAGCCAAUGGGACCUCAGGGGCCCUUUGACGUCAUCGUCCACAAGCUGUCUGACGUCAUUGUGGAGGCUGAGCACGACAGCCAAUCACAGCAGCUCCUCGCCAACUUCCAGAGUUUUGUGUCAGGUAACCCCAGCACGGUUCUUCUGGACCCGCUGCCCGCCAUGACCCGGCUGCUCGACCGCUUUGCAUCGUAUCGGAUCAUGAGCGAGCUGCACAAUUCACUCCGAGACUGGCGUGUCUGCAGUCCUUCCUACCUGGAGAUCCAGAGUGCUGAUGAUCUGUCGUCCGUUCAACAAGCUGUGACCACUCUCAGCUUUCCUCUCAUUUGUAAAACCAGAGUGGCUCAUGGCUCUCUCUCCCACGAGAUGUGUCUGAUCUUCAGUGGGGGGGGUCUGGCAGAUGUUCGUGCUCCCUGUGUUCUGCAGAGCUUCGUUAAUCACGGAGCUGUUCUGCACAAAGUCUUCGUGGUGGGAGAGAAACACUUCUGCGUAGAGAGACCCUCCCUCAAGAACUUCCCUCCUGGCCCCUGUGACAGGAACACGAUCUUCUUCAACAGCCAUCAUGUGUCCAAGCCCGAGUCCAACUCUGCUCUCACAGCACUGGACGAGCAGACGCCCCUGCUGCCCCCCCCCAGCUCUGAGGCCGUGGCCGCUCUGGUCAAAGAGCUGCGACUUCAGCUCGGCAUGGCUCUGUUCGGCGUGGACGUCAUCAUCAACACACACACACACACCCUCACCGUCAUCGACAUCAACAUCUUCCCAGGAUAUGAAGGAGUGCCUCAGUUUUUCUCGGCCCUGCUCAGCCACAUCCAGUCAGUGUUGGGCAAACAGCCGGCCGUCUCUCCGGAUGAAAAACUGACUUCAGGAGCUUCAUCUGCUGCAGCCAAAGACCAAUGACUGUUUCAACAGCUUCACACGACAAAUCAAGUCAUUUCUCUUUGUCUUUGCCAGUGUUUUUCUGGGACCAAACUCAAGAUUUAGCUUGAAUUGUAACACGACUUCUACACGUCAGAAUGGCUUGAUUUUUAAACUCCUGUCAAUCACACUACAGAUAUAAGUGAUACUCUAUUUACACAAACCAACACUGACGACACAUUAAUGGUUUAAUAUCUUGUUUAUUGAUUUGAUUGACAGGUAGCAUAGAAGAAGAUACAGCAGGCACAAAAUACAGCACUCUGAUUGGCCAGUAAAUAUUACAAAUGGUGUUUUUUAUUAUCCUGUUGUCCGAAACGUCCCUUUAUGCCCUUGUUGUCACCCCCCUCCCCAACAGACAUUUCCUACGUCUCUCUUGCUGGUUUUUUGUAAGAUUGUGAAAAAAACGUUGCACUAAUAUAGAAAACAAAAAAAAGAGUACAUUAGUUUUGCAUUUGUUAUUAAAGUGAACAAACACCUCAUCUUUGGAAUAGACAGUAAUCAGUGUUGACUGAUCGUGUGUGUGUGUGUGUGUGUGUGUGUGUUAUCACUCCGAGUUCACACAAAUACAUGAAUGUACUGUAAAUCUUGGCUGUGUAGAAAAAGAGAUUAUAUCUGCUAAACGAGUACUCUAUGAUGCACUUUGAUAACAUAUUAAAAUACAUGAAAUCAUU